UUUCUAGCCGACCCUGUUUCACUCAAAGUCUAAAGCCUAAAUUGCCAUACCAAGUUGUUGUUACUCACGAACAAGCAAAGAACAGAACAACAUAACCCUCUCUGACACCAAACCCUUUUAUCUUCAUCUUCGAAUCAUGGUGGACAGGGAUUCAAGCGAAGCACACAUGUCAAUAGCAGCUUCUUCCAUAUUCCCUGGCUUCAGGUUCUGUCCCACUGACGAGGAGUUGAUCUCUUAUUACCUCAGGAAAAAGCUGGACGGUGAUGAAGACAGUGUUCAGGUCAUUUCGGAGCUUGAACUUUGCACUUUUGAGCCUUGGGAUUUGCCAGGAAAAUCUUUCAUUCAAUCAGACAACGAGUGGUUUUUCUUCUCGCCACGGGGGAGAAAGUAUCCCAAUGGUUCACAGAGUAAAAGGGCAACUGAAUGUGGGUAUUGGAAGGCCACAGGAAAAGAACGCAUAGUAAAAUCCGGUCAGGAUGUUAUUGGUACCAAACGCACUUUAGUAUUUCAUCUUGGUCGAGCUCCUAAAGGCGAAAGAACUGAAUGGAUUAUGCAUGAGUAUUGCGUCAAUGACAAAUCUCAGGAUUCAUUGGUAAUUUGUCGACUCAAGAAAAAUACAGAAUUCCGUGCUAGCGAUCAUUCUAACAGAACUUCACAUGAUAGUGAUUGUGGAGUCUCAGAAGGAAUUACAGUUCAAGGGGGCACUUAUGUGCCUAUUCAAGAUAAAGAAACUGGAUGCAGCUCCAAGAGAACUAGCAGUAGUAAUAGUUCUCCUUCUACUACUACUGGCCAAAUUGAAUCCAGUCAUAGAGUUGUCAAUGAAGCCAAUCAAGCCAAUGAAGUCAACAUAGCCAAUGAAACCAAUGUCAAUGAAGCCAUUGAAACUAAUGUAGCCAAUGAAGUCAAUAUAGCUAAUGAAGCCAAUCAAGCCAAUGAAGUCAAUGUAGCCAAUGAAGUCAAUGAAGCCAAUGAAACCAAUCAACUCAAUGAAGCCAAUGAAGCCAAUGUAGCCAAUGAAGUCAAUAUAGGUAAUGAAGUCAAUCAAGUCAAUCAAGCCAAUGAAGUCAAUAUAGCCCAUGAAGCCAAUCAAGUCAAUCAAGCCAAUGUAGCCAAUCAAGCCAAUCCCAGAAAUCACCCUCAGGUGGAUGAAGAUGAUUGUUAUGCAGAGAUCCUAAAUGAUGAUAUCAUCAAGUUAGAUGAAUCAACACUCUCACGGCCAUCGCCACCACAAGGGACAGCAAACAGGAGAAUCAGGCUAAGGGUUCCCAAAUCAACAGUUCCCAAAUCAAGGGUUCCCAAAUCAACGGUUCCAACAGGAAAUGGUUGCCAAUGCUCCAAGCAAUCAUCAAACAAAAUUAACACCUUCCUGCCGUACCCUUUGGUGGUCUUCACUUUCUUCGUUUUCACUUUGUUAGCUCUAGGCUUCUUUCUUAUUAGGAGGUCCCAAACUACUGCGCAAUAUUCUCGAGACCUCUCUAGAGUUAAUUAUGACUAUUAAUUAAUUAGUGUUUAGUGUUGCAUAGCCUUUGGAUCAAUGUUAGUAUGUUACGUUGUAUACAAAAUUACAAACAAAUAUGCACUCUUCAUAGUGAAAUAGUAAG